GGGCACGCGGGCUUAAGACGAGAGAAGCGUCGGAAGAGGAACACACGACGGGGCGACGAGUCCUGGGCCGAGAGUCCGAGCGGCGCCGUCGCAGGGCCACAGUCCCGCUGGUCCGGGGAGCCUUUGUCUCCGGCGUCCGGUCCGGCCGCUCCCGCGAACAGCCGUCCGCCCCGCCUUUUUCCAGAGCCCUCGGCGCCCGCGUGCGGACUGCUGCGGGGCGGCCGCCGCUGUCGGUUAGCACCGCGGCCGGGAAGCUCCCGGAAAAAGGCGGACUGCGCCCGGCGCCGGCGGCCGAGACCGCGAGCGCGCCCCCCGCCCGCCCGCCCCGCCGCGCGCAAGCGUGUUUUGUCCUCGAGCCGGCUGGAACCGGCCCGGCCGCGAGCGGGCGCGCGGGGCCCCUCCGGACCGCGGCGCGGCGGCCUCUUCCGCUACCGCCGCAGGGGCGCGGGGCGGGGAGGCGCGGCGGGGCCCCCUCCGAGCGGCCGGAGCCGGGGCCGACGCAGUCCGGCGGGCCGGUUCCCGCACGGCCUCUGCUGCGGGCGCCGCCGGGGGGAGGGGCGUGGGCCCGCCCGGGCUACUGUGAAGCUGCGAAAGCGGAGGCAGUGGGCGGGGAGGGGGCCAGCUGCCGUAGAGGGCAAGGGGCACUCACAUCCCCGGCGCGCCACUCGCGGGGCUCCCGUCUGCACGUGCCCCGGGCCGCUCUCGCUCGCUCUACCAGUCUGCGGCGAGCGCGCGCGCACCCGCGCGCCCGGCUCCCGCGCUCGCUGCUUUGUUCCCGCCCACGCGAGUCCCAUGUUGACGGAUCGCGUUCGCGGCUCCCCGGUGGCCAAUCGGCGUCGACGCCUCCGCCCCGCCCCUCUCCCGCUCUCCGCGAGGACCGCCCCUUUCCGGCCCACGUGGUCUCGGCCUCGGCCGCGGCAGCUGGGCGGUGCUGGCGCCUGGGCUGCGGGCUCUGCCACCGGCGGGGCCUCGGGGGCGCGGGGGCGCAGCCGCACGCGGCUGCGGGUGGACGUUCUCGUGGGGCCGUGGGAAGCCCGGGACGCUGCCGGGGGCGCAGUGGGCGCCACCCUCCGCGCUCCCUUGCGGCGGGCCGAGGCGGGUGGGCGCGUGCGGGGCGGGGAGAUGGUGGUGCUGCCCGUGCCCGCCGAGGUCAGCGUGAUCCUGUUGGACGUCGAAGGUACCACAACCCCGAUUGCUUUCGUGAAGGACAUUUUAUUUCCUUACAUCAAAGAAAAUGUUAAAGAGUAUCUGCAGACACACUGGGAAGAAGAGGAGUGCCAGCAAGACGUCAGUCUUUUGAGGAAACAGGCGGAAGAGGAUUCGCACCUGGAUGGGGCUGUUCCCAUUCCGGCCUCGUCUGGCAGUGGAGAAGACGACCCCCAGCGGACGAUCCAGGCCGUGGUGGACAACGUGUGCUGGCAGAUGGCCCUGGACCGCAAGACCACGGCGCUGAAGCAGCUGCAGGGCCACAUGUGGAGGGCGGCGUUCGCAGCCGGGCGUGUCAAGGCCGAGUUCUUCGAAGAUGUAGUUCCAGCAGUCCGGAAAUGGAGAGAGGCUGGAAUGAAGGUGUAUAUCUAUUCCUCAGGGAGUGUAGAAGCCCAGAAGCUACUAUUUGGGCAUUCUACAGAGGGAGACAUUCUUGAGCUCGUUGACGGGCACUUUGACACCAAGAUCGGACACAAAGUGGAGAGUGAGAGUUACCGAAAGAUUGCAAGCAGCAUCGGCUGCUCCACCAACAACAUCCUGUUUCUGACAGACGUCACCCUGGAGGCCAGCGCUGCUGAGGAAGCGGAUGUGCACGUUGCUGUGGUGGUGAGGCCUGGCAACGCAGGGCUGACAGACGAUGAGAAGACUUACUACAGCCUCAUCACGUCCUUCAGCGAACUGUACCUGCCCUCCUCAGCCUAGAGCCGGAGCCGGAGGGAACACCAGCCUGUCCUCACAGACUUCUCCCUGUAGUCUAGUUUUAUUCUAAUGGUCAAAGUAACUAACUUAAAAAACCAUAUAUAUACACACAUAAGUAUGCAAGUGUAUACAUGCAUACGUUUAAAUUGCCUUCCACAGGCAAAUAAGUGAAAAAAAAAAAAAUCUCUGUUCAGUGAAAAGGAAACUUAUUUAAAGAUGCUUUCUGUGUAGAAAUUGUUUGAGACCACAAAUCUAACCCUUAACUGAGGGCAAAAUGUAGCUGAUAGAAGAAUUACUGCAGUGCAGAUCACAUGUGUCAUGUUUAUCGAGUCCUGUACCAAUGUGGAAAGGUAGGUUCUAGAAGUUAUUCAGAAGCCUUGUUAUUUUAAAAAACUAGAAGUAUUUCACCUACUUCUUCCCAAUAAUAAUUCUUCUCCUUUUAAAUUAUGAGUUAGAAGAUUGUGACAGCUGAAUUUCAAAAUAUUAGCCUCCCUCUGUACAGAAUAAAAAGCCAUUUAUUUCUGCUCUAAAAGAGAGCAAAAUUGGGAGAGGAAACUCAUUUGAAAUCUCGAUGUUGCAUGUAAACAUCUAUUACUGAAGAAACUUGAGCUGAUCAUUGUGGCAUCCCCAGCAGCGGUUGCCUUACCAAUGAAAAAGGUGCAUUGAUAACAGCUAAAAUAGGAAUGUGACUCCUAAUGUUUAACAGAAUAGUCCUAAUCCUGCCAAUUGUCAUCAUCAUAGAUCUUAUAGUUGCCUUUCUAACUACUUCUUAGCACAGUUUGGGAAUAUAUGUUGCAGUUUACUAUUGAAAAGCAAAAGGUUUACUGAAAUCAUUCCUCAAGACCCUUCUAGAAGAGCCCUAAUAAUGUAAUAUUUUCCUCUGAAAUGGAUGCGAAGAGUGUAAAUUUUUAACAGCAUUAUUUAUCCUGGUUCAAUCCUAGUGGGAUGUCAUGUCAAUUUCAUGCUGUGAUUAAUAAAAACAUUUUCUUCUUCAC